AUGAAAGAGUAUGCUGAUACCGCAGCCAAAGCAAAGCCAGACAUCUUUCAAGUUGGUGACACUAUUCUCGUUCGUCAAAGACGCAUCAAUGCACUAUCAUCACCGUACAACAAACAUCCACAUACUAUCGUCAAAAUCAAAGGUAGUAUGAUCACGGCAAAAAAGGCAACGAGCUAA